AUGCCGUGGAUGCUUUCCCCCCUGCGAAUUGGUUUUAUGCUGAUGAUGCAGGCGUUCGUGGAAGUAGGUGCGAGAGGGAUUUUUGACAUGCUCAACAACAUGUUUCUAGGUGGAGCGGGCAGUGCCGAUCCGAACAACUUUGAAGGAGGAAACCAAGGCUCAUUUUUUAAUUUCAUGUUUCCGUUACAAUCCGACUACCCGUGGGCAUGCGUAUGCGAUCCUGCUCUCUACCUGAAAUGGGAGCAGAAAGAGGCUCCUAAUGUCCCAUGCAGAAAUCAAGCUGACAUGUCUGCCCAAGGUGUUACGGCUUAUUGCAAUCCUCUCUUGCAUAAAAUGAAUAAUGCUUCCCGUCAAGGGCUGUGGGCUUUCAUUCUGUCCUGCGGCUUUGCCUGGCUGGGUCUCGUCAUGAAUGCGGCCUUGUAG